AUGGACAAAGUGGAAGAAUUAUUCAAGAAUAUCGGUGAUCCUGGCAAAUUUCAAAUGCUUUCGUAUUUUUGUCUGGCGACCAACCUAGUGUAUGUCAUGUGUAACCAUCUUUUAGCAGUAUUUUUAGCGGCAAAGACACCACAUCACUGUACAUUAGCUGCAAAUCAGACCUUGCGUGAUUUUAUACCUCUUGUGGUGCGAGAUAAUAAAGAACAGUUCGACGGUUGUUCGAUUUACACAAAAUAUAGCGGGAACGAAUCAGAGCCAUGCCGCAAUGGAUGGACAUACGAUUUGGAAGAGCGAGGGAAUACAAUUAUAUCAGAGUUUGAUCUUGUUUGCGAUGAUGCAUAUAAAAGUGAACUAUCAACAACAGUGUACUUUGGUGGAGUUCUGGUUGGUUCCCUCAUUUACGGGUUUCUUGCUGACAAGUAUGGUCGAAAGCCUACACUUGCGGUUUCUCAACUAUCGGGAGGAAUUUUAAGUUUUGGAAUAUUCAUAUUUCGAAACUAUUAUGCAUUUGUUACCUUGAGAUUUUUCCUUGGUAUCCAAACACAAGCCGCUUUUAUAGUAUCCUUCGUUUUGGCGUUGGAGCUGUUCCAAACGAAGUAUCGUGCACGAGCUGGUGUGUUUUUUGGCAUUAUUUCAGUGACUGGUGGCAUGGUGUUAGGCAUACUUGCAUAUUUAAUACGGGACUGGAGAUACAUUCAGCUGGCCAUCUCAUUCAUUCCAUUCAUUCAACUACUUUUGUUGUGUUUUGUUCCCGAGUCUAUCCGAUGGUUAAUCGUUCAUAAAAGGUUUGACAAAGUGGAGAAUGUUGUUCGUCGUAUAGUUCACUUCAACAAGUUGCCAUAUCCUGAAGAGAUUAUGCGGAAAAUAGGAGAACUUGAUUUUCAGGAUGGUCUCAAAUCACGGCAUGAUAGAAAGGCCAACGUUUUAGAUCUUUACAGGACCCCGUCACUGCGAAUGAAAAGCUUCAUCCUGAUUAUUGUGUGGUUCACCAUCUCUGCUGCCUUUUUUGGAUUGGCUUUUAAUAUUUCGUUCCUAUUUGGUGAUAAAUAUGUCAAUUUUUUCAUAAGUGAAGCAACGGACAUGUGUGGUGUCUUGUUGAUGUUUUGGGCGGUCCCAAAGUUUGGUCGUCGGAGGCCUUUAGCGCUGGCGUUCUUGAUUUGUGGAAUAGCGAAUGUGAUCUCAGUUGUAACAACCGCAGUUGAGUCAGAUGCAACCGGAGUUAAAAUUCUGGGAACUGCGACUGCGCUUCUUGGAAAGUCUUCCGCAAUUUCAACAAUGAAUGUUGCAGCUACAUUUACUGCUGAAUUAUAUCCGACUGUUAUUCGGAAUCUAAGUCUUGGUGUUAAUAAUGCUUGGACAAGAGUUGGAGGCAUGCUUUCGCCACAGAUAUUCUUGCUGGGCGCGUAUACAGCGACAUUUGUGCCAUUUGCUAUUCUUGGUGUGCUGUCUCUCGCAAGCGCUUUUCUAAUCAUGCUGCUUCCCGAGACACACAACAAGUCGUUGAUGGACACCAUUCAACAUGAAAAGCGGAAAGAAUGUGCGAAAACAAAAGUCGAAGAGGACGAACGUUUCCAACUCCAAAAUGUUGAGGAAAGGCAAGCUUUCGUGUCAGCGGAAUCGUAAGUGUUGUUGCGUG